UUCAACACUAACUAUGAAUUCAGUAAAAGUGAUGAUUGUGUUGGUGGUGAUGGUCUGUGUCCUGGACAUUGUGGCCACUGUUCCCGUCCAACCAAAGGGUGACCAAAGUGUGAACGCCUUGGAUCGGGACAAGAGGGAGGCCGCCCCCUGCUCUACCGAUUCAUCGGGCAAUCCAACCGGCGGCGGAGCCAAUGCCCCCCGGGCCAGGUCGCAGAGGAGGCGCGGCAAUCAAAGACGUGGCAAUAACUCAAAUAAUUCAAACUAAUAUUUCACUACAAAUUUUGUUUUAUUCAUAGCUUUAUAUAAAGAGAUUUUAUUUUUACAAAAUAUAGAAAUUAUAUAAUCAAUGUUGUUUAAUCACUUUGAUGUAAAAGUUAUUAUCUUUUAUUAUGCUUAUUAUAAUGUGUUAUUUUGUUUAGAAAAUUUUUGUAAGUUCUUAUUUACAG